UUUUAUUGCUUUUUCUUCGGAUGUGGAUAAUAUUAAAGCACCACUACUCUCUUGAAAACUAUUUUUAACUACAUAAAAUUUUCUGAAUCUGAUUCGUAAGACCUUCAAUUCCGCUACCUCUUGUCUCCCUCAGUCUCUCUCUCUUUUUCUUGUACCCUUAAUCUCUUUUCUUUCUUUUUUUUAAUUUGUCUAAAGUUGAUUUUUCUCCUAUGGAACUUGAAGCUUCCUGGUUCUUUCAACUCCUUCAUGCGUCCUUUUGCUUUCUUUUCUUCACUUCUAUUACAAUCCUUUCUCUUAUUUCUGUCGUGUUUUGCUUACUUAGACCAAAGCUGUGUUGCAACUGUGAGAUUUGCAGUGCUUAUCUCACUUUGAGUUGGUCGAAACAAUUUGACAAUCUUUGUGAUUGGUACACUCACCUGCUAAAGAACUCGCCUGGCAAAACCAUCCAUAUCCAUGUUCUUGGCAACACAAUCACAGCCAACCCUGACAACGUUGAGUACAUGCUUAAAACUAGAUUUGAGAAUUUCCCAAAAGGGAAACCUUUCUCCAUGAUCUUGGGUGACUUUCUCGGUCGAGGCAUAUUCAACGUAGAUGGUGAUUCCUGGAGGUUUCAGAAGAAGAUGGCAAGCCUGGAGCUUGGGAAGCUCUCGAUAAGAGAAUAUGCUUUUGAGAUUAUCAACUGUGAGAUCAAAGACAGGCUUAUCCCGUUAUUAUCAUCCGUUGCAGCUGCCAAAGAACAGCGCGUUUUGGAUUUUCAAGACGUGUUUAGAAGGUUUUCAUUUGAUAGCAUCUGCCGGUUCUCUUUUGGGUUAGACCCUAGAUGCCUAGAGCUUUCCUUACCCAUGUCAAAAUUCGCAGCGGCCUUUGACUUAGCCUCGAAAUUGUCAGCUGAGAGAGCUAUGACUGCUUCCCCACUUGUAUGGAAGAUCAAACGGGUGUUGAAUUUAGGCAGUGAGAAGCAAUUGAAGAGGGCUAUCGAGAUUGUUAAUAUUUUAGCGAAAGAAGUCAUAAGGCAAAGGCGUAAAAUGGGCUUUUUAACCCAUAAUGAUCUUCUCUCUCGUUUCAUGCGUACCAUAAACGAUGAAACUUACUUAAGAGAUAUUGUCAUAAGCUUUUUAUUGGCUGGCCGUGACACGGUAGCAUCAGGUUUAACAAGUUUGUUCUGGCUACUGGCAAAGCAUCCAAACGUAGGGUCAGCGAUUAGACGAGAGGCAGAUCGAGUAAUUGGAAAAAACCAGGACCUGACAAGCUUUGAGCAGUUGAAAGAACUAAAUUUUUUACAAGCAGCAGUGUAUGAGAGUAUGAGACUCUACCCUCCUAUUCAAUUCGAUUCAAAGUUUUGUCAAGACGAAGAUACAUUACCCGACGGGUCUUUCUUGAAGAGAGGAACUAGGGUUACUUAUCAUCCUUACGCUAUGGGACGAAUGGAAGAGAUAUGGGGUCCAGAUUGCUUGGAAUUCAAGCCUGAAAGGUGGUUGAAAGACGGCGGGGUUUUCUAUCCUGAAAACCCUUUUAAGUAUCCAGUUUUCCAAGCUGGAUUUAGGGUGUGUUUGGGGAAAGAGAUGGCUCUGGUGGAGCUGAAAAGCGUGGCACUUUCACUCGUCCGAAGGUUCCAAAUCGAAUUAGUGACACCACAUCGGACACCACGAUUCUCUCCUGGGCUCACCGCUACUUUUAGUGGUGGACUCCCUGUCCUGGUAACCAAGUGUGUGGCCUUUACCACAGCAUAUAGACAGAUUCAUCGUCAGCGGGGUACCAAGUUGCAGGGCCUGACCUAUGAUACCCAAAUUGACGUAUGAUUAAAUAGCCAAUAGGUGCUAAAGGAAAAGUGUUCCCUGUAUUAUUCGUCACUCAUUACAAUAUCCAUCUGAUGAUUUGUAUCGAUAGGACAUUAGAUCUUAUUCUUGCGCAAAAUUAUUUGUGGCUGCUGUUUUUUGACUGUAAAACAGAUGGAUUUAUCCAAUUGGAUGUAGCUUUAUCUCUGUUUAUCAGUUCAAUCGCACACCACGAAUCUAUCGCAAGUACUCUAUUUUUCACUUGUACAAGUUUGGGUUGGAAC